CAGUUCUACCUGGCAAUACUUGAAUACCAGUGGCGAUAACUGCAAUAUAUGCAAAAUUACAUUACCUUAAAUAAUAUACAUCUCAUUUCAAGUAGUGUUAGUAGUCUCUACUAUUCCCUAAUUAAAAAUGUUUCGAUGCCAGGCAGCGCAAGGACGCACGACAGUUGUAGUGGCUCAUCGUUUAUCGACUAUCAGACACGUUGACAUGAUAUACGUGAUGAAAAACGGAGAGGUCGUAGAGACAGGCACGCACGAUGAACUCAUAGCCAACAAGGCACACUACUACGACAUGGUCUCGGUACAGGAACCCCAAGAACUAGCCGGGAGAGAAGAAAAGGCAAGGAUCACAGGAAAAGAAUCGAAAUUAUCUGAAACCGAAGAUGAAGAAGAACUGGCACCGAUGGAAGAUGAGAAGCAGCCUGAAGUGCCUCGAGUAUCGUUCUGGCGCGUCAUGGCUAUGAAGUCGAAGGAAUGGAAGUGGAUGGUCGCCGGCACUAUUUGCUCCGUUGUUAUUGGGUUCUCGAUGCCGUUAUUUAUUGUCAUAUUCGGAGAUUUGUUCGGUUCUAUGUCAGACCCUGACCCCAACAAGUUAAUGGAGAAAGUUAAAGGGGUGUCAAUAGUCUGCCUAUUCAUUGGAGUAGUGAUGGGCACGUCGAAUUUGAUCGAGGCGAUGUCAUUCGGUGUAGCAGGAGCAUAUUUGACAGAGAGGUUACGUUCUCAAAUGUUCGGACAUUUACUAAAACAGCAUAUUGCUUAUUUCGAUGAGCGAGCUAACUCUACUGGCGCUUUGUGUGCUAAGCUCUCUGCCGAAGCCGCAUAUGUACAAGGGGCCACAGGCCAGCGGAUAGGUAUAUGCUUACAAGGCGUGGGCUCCAUCGGUCUGGCACUAUGCUUGGCCAUGAUGUUCGAGUACCGAGUGGGGCUGGUCGCGCUCGCCUUCCUACCACUCGUCGUAUUCGUUGUGUACCAGCAGUCUAAAGCUAUCAACCAAGAAUCUUUUGGAAAUGCAAAGUGUUUAGAAGAAAGCACGAAGAUAGCGAUAGAGGCGGUGUCGAACGUCCGCACGGUGGUGUGCCUGGGUCGCGAGGCGAUGUUCGUGCGCGAGUACGUGCGCGCGCUGGCGCCGGCGCUGCGCGUGGCCACGCGCGCCGCGCACUGCCGCGGGCUCGUCGCCGGCCUAUCGCGCUCCAUCUUCAACUUCGUCAACGCCGCCGCCCUCACCUAUGGGGGACAUCUUAUUGUUGCUGAAGGCGUUGCUUAUGAAGAUAUCUUAGUUACUACACAGUCGCUGCAAAUGGCGUCGGGCCAGGCGCAGAACGCGUUCACGUUCGCGCCGGAGUUUCAGAAGGGCAUAAACGCAGCGUCCAGAAUCGUCGCGCUCCUCAACACCAAGCCGCUGAUCUGUGACCCGGACAUACCUAUCGUCACUCCCUUUAAAUCAAAAGGCGAAGCGAGCCUUAAAGACGUUGAGUUCAGGUACCCCAGUAGACCGGGAGUGCGAGUGCUGCGGGGGCUAGACUUACAGGUUGAUAAGGGUAAAACAAUAGCACUAGUUGGUCGCAGCGGUUGUGGUAAGAGCACUGUCAUGCAACUCAUGCAGAGGUACUACGACCCCGACGCAGGACUAGUCCAGUGUCUGGACGGCCUGCCUCUACCGAAGCUGCGCGUGUCGGAGGCUCGCGCGGGCUUCGGCCUCGUCUCGCAGGAGCCCGUGCUCUUCGACUACAGCAUCGCCGAGAACAUUGCGUAUGGUGCUAAUGAUGGACCUCCCACGCAUCAGCAAAUCGUCGAUGCAGCUCAGCAAGCUAACAUACAUAAUUUUAUCGUGUCCUUGCCUCAGGGGUACGAAACAAACAUUGGUUCGAAAGGCAUGCAGUUGUCAGGCGGGCAGAAGCAGAGGGUGGCUAUAGCACGCGCUCUCAUUCGACAGCCGAAGAUACUCCUUUUAGACGAAGCGACCAGUGCGUUAGAUACAGAAAGUGAAAAGGUGGUUCAAGAAGCUUUAGACGCAGCGAAGGCUGGCCGUACCUGCGUGACAAUUGCCCACCGUCUCAGCACGAUCCGCGACGCUGACCUAAUCUGCGUGGUGAACGCGGGCAGGGUCGCGGAAGCCGGCACACACCAACAACUCCUCGACUUCAAGGGACUCUACUACGAUCUGCACACCAAUGCUACAUAAAUUUCCAUUUAUUAUGGUUCCCUAUAGAUAUAGAAUAUUUUUAUUUAUUUGAAUAAUGAAUGGAACCAUAGACUGAAGCCAAGUAAAUCAUUUACGAAUC